CUCUCAUGUGUUCGCACCUCUUUUUUUUCAUCAUUUUCAUCAUCAUCGAAAAUUCAAGAUCUCAAAUAACUGAAAAAAUUUUUCUUGAAAACAACACAACACAAUAAAAAAAAUUCUUAAAUGUAAAAUGGGUAACCGUUUUUCUUGCUGUAAAACACAUGGAGAAAGUAUAUUUAAACAUAGUCAUCGACGAAGAAGACAACAACAACAGCAACAACAAUCACGACGAAGACGAAAAGAUUGUUCACAAACAACAAAUUCGGAUAUUAAAUAUGAUGAAACAAUACUUAGCUUACAACAUAUUAGUGAACGUGAAUUACCUGAAACUAAUCAUGAUCCAUCAACAAAUCCAACUGCUGGUCCAUUAUUUGUACAACGUUCAGCAACAUUUACAAAUAAUAUUAAUCAUUAUCAACAACAACAACCACAAGUGCCAUCACAUUCACAAUCAUCAAUAUCGAAAAAUAAUCGAAAAAAUGUUUCAAAUUAUUCGUAUGAUUAUCAUAAUAGUAAUACAUUGAAAAAAUAUAGUUCAUGUUCAACAAUAUUUAUUGAUGAUAGUACGGUUAGCCAUCCAAAUCUAAAAAAUAUGAUUAAAUGUGUUUCAAUGGCUAUCUAUUAUCAUAUUCAUAAUCGUACAUCUGAAAUUAUUCUCGAUAUAUUUGAUGAAAAAAUCUAUCCAUUAGAAAAUCCAUCAAAUAAUAGCAAUAUACCACCGGUUGAACCAGAUUUUCGUACCAUAUAUCGUUUUAUACGUACAUUAUUUAAUGCAGCUCAAUUAUCAUCAGAAUGUGCCAUCAUAACACUUGUUUAUCUUGAACGUUUACUUACAUAUGCUGAAAUUGAUAUUGUACCAUGUACAUGGCGUCGUAUUGUUUUAGGUGCAAUAUUACUUGCAUCAAAAGUAUGGGAUGAUCAAGCUGUAUGGAAUGUUGAUUAUUGUCAAAUACUUCGAGAUAGUUCUAUUGAUGAUAUGAAUGAAUUGGAACGUAGAUUUCUUGAAAUGAUACAAUUCAACAUAAAUGUUCCAUCAAGUGUUUAUGCAAAAUAUUAUUUUGAAUUACGUAAAUUAGCUGAAAAUAACGAUCUCUUAUCAAAUCCUACAGCUGCUCAAACAAAUGAACCAUUAACUGAACAACGUGCAUUUAAAUUAGAAGCAUUAUCAAGAUUAUCGGCUGUUGAUAAUCAACAUUCACAAUUUAUAAAUUUAAGAAAAAAUCUACGAAAAUGGUCAAGUACUGAUAAUGUUACAUUGUUUCAACGGAAAAGUUUGGCUAUCAUUUCUUAAAAGAAUUAUUUCAACAACAA